CGUGACGAACGGGCCAUCCCGCCUCUAUGACCACUUACGAUCACUGAAUACCUUCAACAGUCCUUCGUGGCUCUGCUUACAACCACAGUCACACUCACAGUCAGACCCACGGCAACGCUUCCGUCCGCGUUGGAAACGACUUGGCGAAGUGGCGGUGACUUUUUACGCAUAGAAACCAGGGUGACGUUCCACGGCUGAAGACUGGACACACUGGAGCCGAGAGCGCACGACGCACAGCCACAUCUCUACACAGCUGUUUCCUCAGUGUUUUCAGCUGUCUGCCGUUCUCACUGACUGAAGCCAUGUUUUGCAAGGCCACCGCCCACUUUGUCCAACACAUCGAACCAGACGGAAGCCUCAUCCAUGUGUCUGGACCAAAUGACUCGCGCAAACUGAUCCUCAUGGCGCUCGUCGUGAAGCGCAACCGAUUUUGGUUCUGGCAAAGGCCCAAGUACCAGCCGACAGACUUCACCCUCAGCGACUUGUUGCUGGGCGACAAGGAGCUCACUCCUGAAGUUUGUGAGACAGACUUCUUGACCUACGAGGGAACAUUUGGAGGCACUCUCUCUGGGAGUCUCAACACCCACAGGGGCCCUUUCAAUGUAGAACUCGAGGGUCGGGGCACCUCCGAGCUCCAGUCGUGUUUCGGCAAGCUGAAGAAAGAAGAGCUGGACGUGAGCAUGCUCUCGGAGUUGUGUGACUCCGGCAACAGACUGGUGAACAUGCAGCACAAGCUGAUGCAGCAGUUGGAAAAGAAAACUGCGGUGCUGACACUAGUGAAGGAGCGGAUCCUCACCACCAGCUCCUGCUCUGUCACUCAGACGAAAGCGGAGCAGUGCACAUUUCAGGGGGUCUUUGGUCUGUUGGCCAUUUUGGGGAGCGCUAUCAAAGACAGAAACAAGAUCAAGACGGAGGUUAAUGUUUGUUUGAAGAUUCCUUCUGACACGGUCAUUGCGUACAGUGUCCUGGAACUGAGGAUCAAAAAUGACGGACAUUUUGAUUUAUGCCUACAACCUGGCACAAUUGGGGGCUUUGAGGCAGUCCACGAGUCCAGCGCCGAUGUGGUGGAUGCUAAGUAUAAUUGGGCGAGUUCUUCAGAGGAAGUCUCGGCUGAACAGCUAAAUGGAUCACAGGACAUGGAUCUGUCUCUACUGGCAGAUCUCCCCCACUCAACUCAACAAGUCUUGUUCCAGAUGCUCAGAGAGAUGAUGCAGGACAGAGCUGCUCUGUCAUAUCUGCAGUGUGAGCUGGAGGAAUUGUGUAGUGCUGAAACACCCAUGAAAGAGGAGCUGGUGAAAGGUCCGAGGUCAGUGUCAGCUCACCUGAACCAACCCAGCUUGGACUCACUCAGUCUUACUGAGUGCAACCAUUCCCCCAGUGCUGCUCACCUGAACGCAAUUCACCUGUUGGUCAGUGCUAUGGAAGAAUUGCCCAAUGAAACACUGAACCUCCUCAGCAAGAGUUCAGUUGAUUUUCUUGGGGCCUUCAACACACUGAUGUGCAAGUUAAAGGAGAGCAGCGGGCCUCUCCCUGUCCAGUGUCUUCCCGUCCUGCUGCAGGACGUCCAAGGUUUCCAGCUGGCAGAGCAGUUGCUCGGCUCCAUCGACGUGACCCUGAAGAGAAACACGGACAGUCUGUGGAUAGAGAAACGAGAUGAAGUUCUCCCUCUGCUUCUCAGCCUCAGCACAAAAGGCCUGUUCCUGCUGUGCCAUGGGCUGAACUAGAAGCCUUUUCUAUCGUUUCUUUAACUAUAUUCUUUCAAUUUCUUUCUUUAUUAACUGAAUCGAAGCUGAACCAAAGUCUGUUAGACAUAUUAUAACUGUUUUUAAUAUUGCUUUAUAUUUGUAUUCAUAUUUAUACAGAGAAUAUUGUCAUGUCCCCUACAUAUAUUCAUUUAUUUUUAUAGCUUAAAGCAAGAAUUUAAAUGCUUAAUUAAUUAUAUACAUGCUAUAUAUGCUUUAUUCAUGUUUUAUACGUGAUAAGGCCUUUGAGAGAAAUCUAUCCUGCCUGUUAUAAUUGUAUCAUGAUCAGUUGUUCUCAGUGCAGUCUAAAGCACUUUUGUUUACCUUGGUCAAGUAUUUGAAUGUCAGAUAUUUCAAAUUUUUUAAAUAAAACAUGAAAUUGUAAUGCAUGCCAGGAGUACGCACACAUCUGUUGACAUUUUAUGGUACUAUGAAGUGCAACUCACCGACUUGCCACGAGUUUAACGCUGCCCUUAUUUUUUUCUUGAAAUUCACUGUUACGUAACAGAGAUAGAUAUUUAACAUUCCCUUUAAUACUGCCACCGAAUAUUACAAAUGCUGCUUUAUAUGAAGAUGAAGAACUCUAUUUUUUAAUGCAUGUUACAAGACACGUGUAUGUAAGCUGUAGUGUAAUGUUUAAAAUGCCACCGGCCCUUGGAACGGUCAUUAUUUGUAAGGUAUCAUCAUAAUGUAUUGUUUGAAAACAAAAAGCUUUAUUAAUCGUGUAAUAUUUGCAUGUUUACAGUCCACAUGUUAUACAUAUAUAUUUUUAUUGCUUUUUUUACACAUCAAUUUCUCAAUUGAAUGUUUGCUCCUCUAUUUUGCACACUGUUCUUUCUUGACUGUUUGUGAUGACUGCUCAACAAUGAGUUUAAAUAAAGCUUUUUAUUAUUAUUGAA